GAUUGAACUGAAUGUGGGACCCACUCCAGGUUAUUUACAGCGGAGGAACGUGUAACCGCCCGCAGCAACAAGCCAAUAAAGCUCUCUCUAAACUCUAAAGUCUGCAAAAUCCCUAACUCCAGAUUGUAGCAAACAACAUCCUCAUCAUUAAGCUUAGGUCUCGCCCCUUCCAAUCCGAGAAACAAGCCGCACCGCUUCCCUCCCUCCGAGAAACAAGCCGCACCGCUUCCCUCCGAGAAAUAAUCCGCCGCUGUCGCAUCUCCAAGUGUAGAAGACAAGUAGCCGCCACCGCGUCUCACAGUAUAGAAAUCAAGCCACCGCCGCCAAUGUUGAGUCUCCGUUGCACCUUCAACCACCACCACCUCUUCUUCCUAUCCCCUAGCUGCCGCCUCUUCACUUAUCAUAGAAUCUAAAGUGGUGGCACCACUGCGGCAGAUGGAUUCACAGCUGCGCCGACGCAACAAUUGAUGGGAAGCAAUACUUUGGAGUUUGGGGCGUCGCAAAGUCAGCAGAAAGCAACGAACAGCAGGGGUGGCGAUGACGCAACAGUCAAUGCCCAGCUAGCGACGAGUGGGGAGCGACGUACGACGGUCCAUUUCAGGUUGGUUAGUCUUUCUUGGACACUUUCCUAUUUCGUGGAAGACCAAGAAGCAACCUACUGUAUCACGUUCUUCAGCAGAGGCGGAAUAUAGAGCUACGGCUGGGGCUACAUGUGAGUCAAGUGGUUGAAAGCUUUACUUUUGAGUAUGGGGAUUCAUCAUCCUCAAGCGGUUCCUCUUUAUUGUGACAGUCAAUCCACCUUACACAUUGUUCGUAAUCCCGUCUUUCACGAACGUACCAAACACAUUGAAGUUGACUGUCACUUUGUUCGUGAUGCGAUACAAGAUGGUCUUAUUUCUCCGAAUUAUGUUCCUACUACUAUUCAAUUGGUGACAUAUUUAUCAGGCAUUGGGCAACACAAAGUUUCAUUUUCUUCUUCGCAAGUUGAGCAUUUUAAAUCCGCAUGCUUCAAUUUGAGAGGGUAUUCUGGAAUAUUCUUUUUCUUUUUAAUAUGUCUAUAGCCAUAAUAUUAUUCUUACCAUAAUUACAUCUAUUAAUUUUGGGUAAAAUAUUCCUAGC